AUGUCGAAUCCAUCCAUGUCCAAUUUUUUGAAACAGCAAUUUAGUAUUUGCCCCGCCAACGGCUGUCAAGCCGUUGGGGAUGGGGCUUUCUCUGCUGACAUUACUCCUAGUGUACUUGCCGUCUGCCACAUGCAGGGCACCGACGACGUGUACUACUACUCUACUACCUUCUCUGGUGGACCCGGGGUAAGGUCGUCAGACUGUGUGACAGGCAGUCCGGCGUCUUCAAUUUCUUCUUUCUCAAAUUACUCAUCGUCUCCCAACACAUCCAAUGUUUCACUUAUGCACCCAUCGUACUCGUCCUAUUCAUCUACGGUUCCGCCUCGUGACAUUCCUAUCAGAACGGAUUCGCCCUACGACAUUGCCACCCCGCCUUUGACACCAGAUGACGAUGAAGAUAGCUGUGCCACUGGUAUACUUACCAAGCAUUCUAAAGAUGCUUUGGAUCUUCUUUUGGCCAUCUUUCCUCGUGAUGGAUUGAGCCUUUUGCCUUUUGCUAAGAGCGUUGUCGUUGCCGCCCCAAAUAUGGGUGCUUCUUUCGAUGGUGUGGUGCUCGAACUCCCUGGAAAGACCAAAACACUUUACGUCGAUGGCAAGAACGCUCAAGCAGUAUCUCUUCGCGAAAGCAUUGUGGCUCUCCUCGAUUUGGCCGACGAACAACUCCAGUGCUCAGCUUUGAUCAUCGCAUUCAACAAGGUUUCCCACGGUCUGAGCGAACUGUUACAUUCACUCAUGUACGUUGGGGGAAGCGUUGUUACUAAACCACCAUUCCAGGUUGAUCCUACGUACAUCCUCGUCGGUGUAGAGAUUUAG